AUGUCCGACAGCUAUGGGUUGAGCGAUUUUGCGUACGAUGAUGAACUCUUUAACCACGUUGAUGCAUCGGCCCUCGAAACACAGCGACCAGCGAAACGUCGCCGCGUCAGCGCGCUCGAUACGGAAACCCAACAAAAGAACAUCGAGAACGACCCGGAGUCAGACACGGAUUCCAGUUUUUUCAAUCCUUCUUUGCCCCCAUACCCGAAAGCAAAUGGCAACGGUAUUUCUGGAAAGGCCACUGCGCGCAAGUCGAAGACGUACACGCCUCAGUACAGUGUUGAUCAAGAGCCCUUGUUCGUGAGCCAGACGCAACCCGCCUCGAGCCCAUCAAAACUUCGUGGUCCCCGUUGGAAAGCGCCAGAGCGCGCAAAGCCCUGUUCGUUUUCGAGCGCAAGGCCGGCCGCUACAUUGCAAACCACUGCAGGAAAAGACACAGAUGCGAUUGAGGGCGGAGAUGUCAAGGCCGCUAUUGCCGCGUCGCUUCGGUCAUUCGAGGAAGAACAAACCGCUCGAGGAGCAACGAGUCUGGCUGAGGAGCCGUUGGGGACGCCCGAUAUCAAUCAUGGUCUUGCUGUUUCUGAUCCUGUGUCUACUGCCAAAACGGAAUCUGUAUAUGACUUUGAUGAUAUUCCAGACGAUGCCUUCGACUUCGAGCCCGAGUACGCGAAACCUACAGGCAACGGGUCGAUUUUGAUUUCAUCUCAACCUCGGCCGUCGCAGAACUUGUCUCGCUCGCAAAACACCAGUUUCCGACAGACUACACUACUUGGCGGAUUUGCUAAUAGUAGCAAUAAGUCGUCAUCCCAACCCGCGGUGCGUAGCUGGCCAUUGGCGAACCGAUCCGAACCGCCGACUCAUCAUCUGUUGAAUAAUCACGCCCUGCGGCGUUGGAUUUUCCCAGGGAACCUAGGCAGUAAAAGAGAAUACCAGUUCAACAUAGCUCAUAGAGCACUAUUCCAUAAUCUGCUUGUUGCCUUACCUACUGGCUUGGGCAAAACGUUUAUUGCUGCCACAGUCAUGUUAAAUUGGUUCAAUUGGACAAAAGAUGCUCAGAUUGUAUUUGUUGCUCCAACGAAGCCGCUCGUAUCACAGCAGGUUGACGCCUGUUUCCAUAUCGUUGGAAUACCUCGUUCCAAAACAACGUUACUGACCGGGAAUACUGCCCCAGGUAUCAGGGCCGAAGAAUGGCAGUCAAAACGCGUAUUCUUUAUGACGCCCCAAACGAUAAUGAACGACCUCAAAACGGGAAUUGCCGAUCCGAAACGCAUCGUUCUCCUUGUUGUUGACGAAGCGCAUCGUGCCACCGGGGCGUACGCGUAUGUCGAGAUCGUGAAGUUUCUUCAAAGGUUCAACAAUAGUUUUAGAGUGCUGGCGCUGACUGCCACCCCUGGUGCAACUGUUGAAGCGGUUCAGGAGGUUAUCGAUGGGCUUAGCAUAUCUCGAAUUGAAAUACGGACUGAGAACUCUCUCGACAUUCGGGAAUUCAUCCACAAACGAAAUGUCGACACUAUAACUUUUGAUAACUCGCGAGAAAUGGAGACGGCCAUGGAACUAUUUGCCAAGGCGUUACAGCCCGCUGUCGACAAACUCCGAAACCAGAAUGCCUAUUGGGGAAGAGAUCCGAUAGCUCUCACUCCGUUUGGGCUUACUAAAGCUCGACAGGAGUGGAAUGCCUCUGCUGGUGGGAGAGCCGCAUCUUGGCCUGUCAAAGGCAUGAUAAACUCAAUAUUCACCGUGCUCGCCAGUCUAGCGCAUGCAAUAGACCUUCUGAAAUAUCAUGGUAUCGGCCCAUUCUUCAGGAGCCUAGUUUCAUUUGAAGACUCGGUGUUAAAAGAAAAGAAAGGUGGAAAAUGCGCUUCUCAGAUCGUCUCAGACGGAAAUUUCAAGACUCUGAUGCGUAAAUUGCGAGUUUGGACAAGUAGCGAAGAUUUUAUUGGGCAUCCAAAAAUGGAGUAUUUAAAGCAAGCUAUUUUGAAUCACUUUUUGGAUGUUGGAAGCAAGAUCAACGAAUCCGCGGAAUCGGAUACCCGUGUCAUGAUUUUCAGUCACUUUCGCGAUAGUGCGGAAGAGAUUGUUCGAGUUCUCAAGAAGCAUCAACCAAUGAUACGCCCUCAUGUUUUCGUCGGGCAGGCAAAUGCUAAGGGAUCGGAGGGGAUGGAUCAGAAGACUCAAUUAGACGUUGUUUCGAAAUUCAAAACCGGCACCUACAAUACCAUCGUCGCGACAUCCAUUGGUGAGGAAGGUCUGGAUAUUGGCGAAGUUGAUUUGAUUAUUUGCUACGAUGGCCACUCGUCUCCUAUCCGAAUGUUGCAAAGAAUGGGACGAACGGGGAGAAAACGAGCGGGAAAUAUCAUUCUUUUACUUUCAAAGGGGAAGGAAGAGGAAUCAUACUGCAAAGCAAAAGAUAGCUAUGAGAAAAUGCAGCAGCUCAUUGCCUCUGGGACGAGGUUUACAUUCCAUGACGACAAAUCGCCGCGCAUAAUCCCCCGUGACGUCCAUCAAGAAGUUGAAGAGAAGGUGAUUGACAUCCCUCUCGAAAACUCUCAAUCAGGAUUACCCGAGCCCACUAAACGCGCUCGAGCCCCGAAGCGGCCACCGAAGAAGUUCCACAUGCCUGACGGUGUUGAAACGGGAUUUACAAAGGCUUCGCGUCUGGGGCGUACGAAGACAAAGUCAAGUGGCCGGUCAAAAACAAAGCCAGCUGUGCGCACGCCUAGUCCUGAACUCGAGGAGUUUCCCGACCUCAACGAACUAUGCGCGAACCAAAGCCAGGAGUUGGCAAAUGACCUGGACUUCCAGGAGAUUGUUGGUAAACAUACCCCAAGCCUUCGCAUGGGUGCCUAUCCCGAAUAUCAAAGAUCUCUUCGACCCACGAAAAAUAUACAGCACAGCAAAUACACUCGUCAGGUGGUCAAAACGUUUGAGAACUUUGGACAUCUGGGUUCAGAUUGCGAGGACCAAUACCGGGCCGUGAUAGGUGACCCUGACGAGGAAGAUCCGAAUCUCGACUAUCUUUCUACAGAUCGCGAAGAUGAUGUAGAACCGAUUCCCAAACCUCAAUCCAAUCGGGCUUCCCAAUCAGAACAUUAUGACAGCGACCAUUCAUUAGAUCUUGAUACGUUAUUCCCAUUUUUGGCUGGAGCUAGUAACCAGGUUUCUGGGCCCGGCGGAGCCGAUAACACAAGCCCGAAGCCGUCCCAGCGAAGAAAACGCUAUGCAGUCAGUGAUGAUAGCGAUGUGGAAGAGUAG